GAAGUCUUAAAUUAUUAUUAAAAUUCAAAAUGCAAAUAUUCUCAAAUUUAUUUAGUUCAAUUGCAUUAAUACUAGUCGUUAUAUACGCUUUACUAUCUAGGUUCAUCAAAUUUUUACUAUCUCCUUCAAAACAACAAUUGCCUAAAAUACGCGAUUGGGACGAUCACUCUAAAUACAAAGAUGAAUUAAUUACACCUGAUGUUAAGUAUUACGCUAAUCAAUCAGGUUUCGAUAUCGUUGACCAAAUCAUCACAACUGACGAUGGUUAUCACUUAUUAGUUAAUAAAGUCAUAAAUCCUAAACCUAAAUUUGAUAAUUUAUACCCUAUAUUAAUCUUACAUGGUUUAUUUCAAUCCUCAGGUUCAUUCAUCACUUCAGAAGAACGUAGUUUAGCUUUUUGGUUAGCAGAUAAUGGCCCUUUUCAAGUUUACCUAGGUAAUACAAGAGGCGUAUUUAAUAUGGGCCAUCAGCAUUUAAAGAAGAAUGAUAGUAAAUUUUGGAAUUAUACAAUUGAAGAUUUAGCAAAUAAUGAUUUACCUUCUCUAAUUAAACACGUUUUAUUGGAUUCAAAUAGCGAGCAUCUAUCUUUCAUUGGUCAUUCACAAGGAAACAGUAUCGGUUUCAUGACUUUGAGUUUAGGUUAUCAACCCCAAUUAUCAAAGCACAUUAGUUCCUUUAUUGCAUUAGCACCCGCUGUCUAUGCAGGUCCAUUAACCACCGGCUUCCCUUUCACUUUAAUCAAUAGAUUAAAUUGGAAUAGAUGGAGAUUCUUAUUUGGUGAAUUAGAUUUCAUACCUUUGAUGACAUGGUCAUUCAAUUACACCCCAAAAAGAGCAUUUGCUUUAUUAGGUUAUCAAAUGUUUGCAUUUUUAUUCAGUUGGACUGAUAAAAAUUGGUUGAAUAGACGUAAAGCUAAAAUGUUUAGGUUCACACCUUCACCAGUGUCAUCUAGAUCUGUCUUUUGGUGGGCAGGUAAAGAUGGUUUCUCAACUAGAGGUUGUACAUUAGAUGUAAAGCAAGAGAAAUGGUUCUCAUCUGGAUAUCAAGAAGAUAAUCAACCAAAAUUCCCACCUUUGAGUUUAUAUGUCGGUACUGAUGACAAGCUGGUGUUAGUUGAACCAUUACUGGAAAGGCUCAAAACACAUGAGUCUAUAAAGCUCAAUAGGUUAGAUUAUUAUGAAAAUGAUCAUAAUGAUAUUAAGCAAUUCACCAUAGAUUAUAUGAACAACUUCGAUGAUAAACCAAAGACUAGAAAUGAUAAUUCUGAUAAAAUGGAAGAUGAUGGCUUCACUUUAGUUGAAAGGGGUGGUAAACAUGGAAAAGCUGCUAAUGUGUCAGGCGUUCAAGUAUCUUCUAAAUUGUUUAAUCCAGCAGAGAACACGAAGAAAUCAAAAUUCAAUAAACCAUUAGAUGAUUUCUAUAGAUGGCAAAGAAGGGAAUCAAAGAGACAGGAAAUUGCUGGUUUGAGAUUAAAAUUCCAAAAGGACAAAUUAAGAAUAGAUAACUUUAAAUCUAAUAAGAGAUAUAAACCAUAUUAAUACAUGUUCCUAGAUAUUGUCCUCCCCUUGCGCAAAUCUUAAAUAAAAGUUAAUUAAAACCGCUGAUAGUAAGCAAAUGCAUAGUAUCGUUGGUCCUAAUCUAUCGUCGUAUGGCCCAGUACCUCUCUUCCUGAUGGCGGACGCUCUCCAAUGGUAAGUUACUAAAGCGUAGACCAUGAUUAACAUGGCAACGAAACUAAACAUUCCUGCUGAUAUUUUGCCAACUUUGUCACCAAAGUUUAGCAAUCCGAUGGCUAAUCCACCAAGUAUAACAGCAAAAUGUAACCAAGAAAGGAAG